AUGGUCUCUGAGGAUGAGGUAGCUAUAUUGUGUGAACCUUACUCCUUGGAUGAAAUUAAAAUUGCUACAUUUGAGCUACACCCUCAUAAGGCCCUGGGUCCGGAUGGAAUGAAUACGGAGUUCUAUCAAAGAUUUUGGGAUUUUAUGGGCCAUGACAUUUGGAUGGUAGUGGAAGAAUUCAAGAGAAAAGUCUAUGGCUUUUUCAAAGCAACUAAUGGCCUUAGGCAAGGGGAUCAUCUAUCCCCUGCCCUCUUUGUCCCGAUGGCGAAGGUUCUUGGAAACUUAAUUAAAACAAAACAAGCAGCUAGGCAAUGGAACGACAUUCGACUCCAUAGAUUGAUAGAGCCCAUCACACACUCGCAGUUUGCUGAUGAUACAAUUUUGUUUGGAGCAGCUAUGGUGAGGGAAGCCAGAGGAGUGAUGGAAGUAUUAGAGGAGUACUUUCUGCUUUCGGGCCAGGAAAUGAACAAGGACAAAUCACACAUUUUCUUUUUUAACACAAACAAAAUGAAUCAAAAUAGCAUCACACAUAUUCUGGGUUUCAGCAUUGCCGAGUUGCCUCUUAAAUACCUUGGGAUCAGAAUUAAUAAGGGCAGUAGACAAACCCAAAUAUGGGAAGAUGUAUUAAACUCAUGCAAGAUGUCGAAUCAGGUUGGUGUGAAAUUAGAUGGCCUUUUAAAGAAAUUUGUUUGGGAAGGGGCUAAGGAUCAAAGAAGGAUACCAUUGAUAAAUUGGGAUACCAUGUGCAUGCUAAAAGAGGAUGGGGGUGCAGGGUUGAGAAAAAUGAAUAUCCAAAACACGACACUUGGUGCAAAGCUAUCGUGGAAAAUGGCUAAAUUCUGGCGGGACUCCUGGGAUGGUGAAUUGCCAUUGGCAGAAAUCUUCGAAGAUCAGGAUUGGAUUAAUUCCAUUGAAUCAGCCAUAGCCCUUAAUGGUCGUAUUCUCACUGGCAACAGACUCAAGACAAUCGACAUCCAUGGACCAAGCUGGUGUGCAUUAUGCAACGCUGAGGAAGAAUCGGUGGACCAUUUACUUUUCAAUUGUAAGUUUGCUCAAAGUUGUUGGGAGUGGUUUCUAAGUAUGAUGAACCUGUGCACAGUCAGGAAUGCGACACUUAAGGAUUUUCUAGUUUUAUGGCUUAUAUUCAACCAAUCUAAGUGGGGUGCACUGUGGCUGGUGGGGCCUAUAAUGAUUGUCUGGCUGAUUUGGAAAGAAAGGAACAAGCGAAUAUUCAAUGAGACAUCUAAACUAGUAGAAGUAGUUAUUAGCAUUCUAAAGGCUGCCAUUGAAGAAGCUCUAUGUGGUAAAUCUAAGAAUGUCAGAAAGUUCAGAUUCAAUGAUUGGGAUUUGGAAAUGGAGAAGAACUUGUCUCUCAAGAAUGCGAGCUUCCAUUAUCCCAGAAAGCAAAUUGAUAGGAGUAAGGUUAGAUGGGCUAAGCCUCAUUGCAAUUGGGUAAAACUAAACUUUGAUGGGGCCAACAGGGGUAACCAUGGGCAAGCUGGUUAUGGAGCAGUUAUUCGAGAUGAGGUUGGGAAUAUUGUAUCGGGCACCUACGGGCAUAUUGGACGAGCUACAAACAAUGAAGCGAAACUUAGAGCCCUUGAGGCUGGUUUGCUCCUCUGCAAACAGAAGGGUUUAUCUAAUGUGCAGGUCGAGGGAGACUCUCAAAUAAUUAUAAAUGGAGUGAUUAACUCUAGGUUUACAAAUUGGAAAAUGGCCAAAUGGCUUCCUCACAUACACACUCUGCUGCAAUCAAUCAGGCCUUAUGAAAUAUCUCACAUCUUUAGGGAAGGUAAUCGAUUGGCAGAUCUUUUUGCCAAUCUUGGUGUCAUGUCGAAUGUGGCAGAAGUUGAGUCCGAGGACGAAGAGGAGGGGAGUGCGGAUGAAGGGAGUGAUGAGUCCGAUGAUAGUAAGAGAAACCGGGCCGAACGUAGGCGUGUGGAGAAGGAAGAACUAAAGGAGAUGAUGAGGACAUUCGGUGAAAAUGCUUGGGAAGUUUUCAGGUGUGCGGUGCAGAAUGGGAAUAUGGCUCCCUUCUGUAGAGUGACAAACUUUGAAACUUGGUGGUUCUCGGCUGGAGCAACAGAAACUGUAAUCAGUGUGGGAGAGUUUGCAGGGGUCAUCAUGCAAACUCUCAGUGGCGGUGCAUAA